AUGAAGGACACUAUAGUUCUUUAUCCGGCUCUUGAAAGUGGUCACUUAAUGUCUAUGGUUGAAUUAGGUAAAUUCAUAUUAACACAAAAUCCUUCAUUUUCUAUCACAAUUCUUAUUCUUACACCACCCAACAACAAACACACACCCCUUUCUCCACAAGAACAAUACAUAGCUUCGGUUAAAGCCGCAUUUUCAUCUAUCCAUUUUCAUUACAUUCCUCCUAUUUCAUUCACAGCAACACUUCCAGCACACUUAGAAACCAUUGAUCUCUCACACCAAAGCAAUGAUCAUGUUCACAAUAUUCUCCAUUCCAUAUCCAAAACCAUAAACCUUAAAGCUGUUAUAUUAGAUUUCAUCACCUAUAGUGCCUAUCAAAUCACCACCAAACUUGAAAUCCCUACUUAUUUUUACUUCACUUCAAAUGCAACUGCUCUUUUCACUUUACUUUACUUUCCAACUAUUCACCAAAAAGCUACAAAAUCUAUAAAGGAUCUUCAUAUGCCUCUUGAAUUUCCCGGGUUGCCAAAGAAUCUUUCAACGGAUGAUUACCCUGAUGAGGUUAAUGAUUCUCAGAGUAAAGAGUACAAAGUUUUGCUUGAUUCGGCGAAAACAAUGAGAGAAUGUGUUGGGAUUAUUGUAAAUACUUUUGAUGCUAUUGAAGGAAAAGUUAUUAGAACUUUAAACGAAGGGUUGUAUUUUCUUGAUGGAACUACUCCGUCUAUUUUCAGUGUUGGACCUUUGAUUACAUCUUCUUAUGGAGGAGAUGAAAAUGGAUGUUUGAGUUGGCUCGACUCGCAACCGAGUCAAAGUGUUGUGUUUUUGAGCUUUGGAAGCAUGGGAAGAUUUUCCAAGUCUCAAUUGAAUGAGAUAGCUAUUGGAUUGGAGAAAAGUGAACAAAGAUUCUUGUGGGUUGUAAGAAGUGAGUUGGAUUCAGAUAAUUUGAAUUUGGAUGAGUUAUUGCCUGAAGGAUUUUUGGAGAGGACAAAGGAAAAAGGAACGGUGGUGCGAAAUUGGGCUCCACAAGGUGCAAUACUGAGCCAUGACUCGAUUGGUGGAUUUGUGACUCAUUGUGGAUGGAACUCGGUGUUGGAAGCUAUUUCCGAAAGCGUGCCAAUGAUUGCAUGGCCUUUGUACGCCGAACAAAGAUUAAAUAGAUUGAUUUUGGUCGAAGAAAUGAAGGUGGCUUUGAAGGUGACCCGAUUAGAAGACAAGUUUGUGACCGCAACAGAAUUGGGGGAGCGAAUUAAGGAAUUGAUGGAAUCAAACAAAGGGAAAGAGAUUAGAGAGAGGAUUUUGAAAAUAAAAGCAAGUGCUAAAGAAGCAAGAGAAGGAGGUGGAUCUUCUCUGGCUAAUUUGAAAAAAUUGGGAGAUUUAUGGAGGGAGCAUGCUUCUUCGAAUAAUCUAUCUCCGAAUUCUCCUUUCAUUUUUCGUUGA